CAGUAUCGCACUAGAACUGGAUAAAUACAGAUGAAAAAGCUCACUCUGCUCCCGCAAAACUUAACGACUAACAGUGCUCGUCAUUUCAUAGAACUUUGCCGUACAUUUUAUCCGACAAUGCCAACUAUUGCACCCUAUUCGUGAUAAAGUCAAACUCAUGGCCACCUUUUGCAUCCAAGGCUUACAUUAUUUUUAAUAGAUAUGAAAUAUUUAUCACGUUUCAUACUAUCACGUCGCUGACUGUGGUGCGUUCAAGAGCCAUUUCCUCCAUAGUGCAAGCUUGACCACUCGUCGUUUCGAUUACCUUCACUCGUGUUACUGGUGCAUGAUUCGUUAAGUGAUUGAAGCGCGUUUAUUUGAUCGGGACAUCUGUCGCAAUCUGAGCUUCUGUCGCAAUGGCAAGCUUGUGGGGAGUGUUAUUUUUGCUCACGGAAAAGAAUUACAAAGUUCGAAGAAGGCAUUGGAUCGCAACACUCGCCGAACUCGUCGUACCUGCGUUAAUAAUUUGCUUGAUUCUCGUGCUCAGAACUCGUCUUGAUACGAAGGGCACUUAUCGAUACGAGGAAAACACUACCUAUCCACUCAUAUCGAAAGAGUUGAAUCAAGUCUUCGAAUGGUAUGAAAUAUUGUAUACACCGCAAAACCCAUUCACCGAUCGGGUAAUGGAAAAUGCCGCCUUAUGUCUGCUAAAUUCUACGACCGGACUGCACGGCUUCGACAAUGAGUCGAUGUUGUUGGAGCAUUACAAAGAUCCGGAUGGAUUCAGUUCGGUUUUAGCAGUAUUUUUUGAUGCCACCGACGGAGAAAUUGUGCCCGAUAAUUUAGUCUAUACACUGCGAUCUGUCUAUGAGAUUUCGGACUUGUUCGAGAUUAAUAUGGGAUAUCCUGGCCACGAGGCUGAUCAACUCGUCCGUCGAAUUCCACUCGCUUUGUUACAAAUGUGUUUGGAUGAUCGAUUUAUCGUGGAAGUCGCUCCGAACACCAAUUUCCAGCAGUCCGUUACAAGAUACGUACAAGCUAUGCCCUAUCCCCCAUACGAAAGCGCGGACCUUACGGAAACCUCUUUUCGGAAUCUUGUCACCGGCUUUACAGGAUUCAUAUUCAUCGUAACGUUAUUCAUGAUGCCGUCGUACAUCACGACGGAGAAGAAUACAGGAGUGAACGCCCUUCUCAAAAUGAACGGAGUGAAAACUUACCAAAAUUUUUUGAGCUGGCUAAUCACCGGCAUAUCUUUCGGAGCGUUGAUCGUAGCUCCGAUCACCGUGGCUGUGAAAGUACCAUUUUCAUCAGAUCAGUCGGCAUUUUGGGAGUAUUCGAAUGGGGUCAUCAUUUGGAUAGCUCUUUGGUUCAACUUCGUCCAAUGUUACACAUUUUGCAUGCAUCUCGCAUCGUACUUCUCAAGAGCUUGGGCUGCUCAGGGAGUAUCGGUGAUCAUCGUUUUCGUAUUGCCGCAAAUAUUGACGUUGGUAGAACGAAACAACGCUACUAGGAUAAUACCGUAUCUGGGAAUUAUAUUCCCGGGUGUGACUACUUUGAGGAUAUUUUCCGGUAUCAGCGACCUUGAAACAUCUGGGACCGGAGUACAGUGGAAUAAUUUAUUCAAAACCCGAAGUUCAACCCUGGCAUUUGACGAAACGGUCGGUUUCAUGAUAAUAAUCAGUCUGAUCGGUAUAUUUUUACAUUUUCUGGCCACAAUAUACCUGGAUAUUGUUCUACCUGGUCAAUAUGGAGCUCGACAAUCACCGUGGUUCUUCCUCAAGUGUUUCGGUAAAAGUAAGGUAAGUAACCAUACUGCGGAAACAUCGUUAGAUGGACAAGCAAAAAUUUUGGAAUCGGUACCGGAGGGGGCAUUGACUCCAGGAAUACGAGUACGAAAAUUAGAAAAAUCAUUCACGACUGGAUGUUUCAAUCGAAAUGUGGUUAAAGCAGUCCGAGGAAUAAGUCUGGAUUUCUACAAAGGCCAAAUCACUGCGCUACUUGGACAUAAUGGCGCUGGAAAAACUACGACGAUAUCGAUUUUGACCGGGUUAACGUCACCUUCAUCCGGAACGGUAAUCGUCGAUGGUAAAAAUCUGGAAACUGAUUUACAAGCGAUUAGAAAUGACUUGGGAAUGUGCCCCCAAGAAAAUCUGGUGUUUCCCGAAUUGACUGUGGCGGAGCAACUGCGAUUAUUCGGUUUAUUAAAACAGAAGAACAGGACUAAACAGCAGGUCCUCAAAGAAGUGGACGAUUUAUUGAUUCAAUUAAAAAUGAGCGAAAAAAGAGAUGAUCUGCCAAAAAGUAUUUCCGGGGGUCAGAAGCGAAGGCUUUGUCUAGGAAUGGCACUUGUCGGCAAUGCUUCGACUUUAUUUUUGGACGAACCAACUUCAGGGAUGGACCCCGAAACGAGCAGAGUAAUUUGGGAUAUCAUAUUGAAUUAUCGCACGCAAAAGACAAUUAUUAUCACGACUCACAGUAUGGAGGAGGCGGAUGUUUUGGGUGAUCGGAUUGCCAUCAUGAAUUCGGGUCGUAUGAAAUGUUACGGAACGUCCAUGUUUUUGAAAAAAUAUUACGGUAAGGACCAGCAGCAAGUUACACUUUCGGUGGAGCCAUGGUGCGAACAAUCCAAGAUUCAAGAGGUGGUCGGGGACCAAGGAAAUGUGGACGCGACUAUUCAAGGAAGAAUGUUUAUUACUUUACCCAUGUCGGAUUCAUUGCCACAGAUUCUAGAUACGCUAGAAGGCCGGAAGGCGGAACUCGGAAUCACCGGAGUGAGCGUCUCGACGAUUACGUUGGAACAAGUUUUCUUGAAGGCUGCUGAGGAAAAAGACGAACAAGAUCAGAGUGACAACAUGACAGAAGAAUCGGUUGAAGUAGCGAAUGUGACUGAAAACUACGAAAAGUUGACUGGUUCAGAAUAUACUGGGCAAGCGAUUCGCACGCUUCUUUCGAAAAAAUUAUCGCACAUGAAGCACAGUUGGGGGAUAACUACGGGCAUUCUCAUUGCGCCUAUGAUAGGGUUGAUAUUGAUGCCGGCUUUCAACAUCGAUCUGUCGACCUCAAGCUUGACCCGGCCUCUCGAUCUGUCGCUUUAUCCGAAUUCCGAAGCGUUGAUUUACUCCGAAUACGACACUAUGGGGGAUACAUACAAGCGUAUCGUCGAAGGUCAAGGAGGCAAGGGCACUCCAGUGAAGACGGAUGUCUCCUUGACGGAAGCGUUGUUGCAGAGGGCUGUCGAGGACAUCGAUUACUACAGAGAACAGAUAAUCGUCGCCGCCGAGUUCAAUUCCACCCCCGAUUCUCUGAUCGCCAACGGUCUUUACGGCGGUGCCGCGACGUUGAGCGCUCCGCUCACCGUGAACUUGUUGUCCAACGCGUUACUGAAGACCUUCGCGGGCGAUGGCUACUCCAUUUCGACGCGUAUCGGAAGUUUGCCGCAACGGACCGAGUCCACCUUUUACGUCGACGAAUCCUCCAUCCGGGUCGAAACCGUAGCCUCGGUGAUGUUGUACCUGAGCAUCUUCUUCGUCGUCGCUGGUUUGUUCGUCGUUCAUCCGCUGUUGGAAAAUUCCACGUCGGUGAAACGACUUCAACAGAUGACCGGCCUCUCACCCGUCUUGUACUGGGGAGUCAUGUUCGUUUUCGACUACGGAGUCUUCGUUCUGUCCACGAUAGGAAUGAUCCUCGGUCUCAUAAUCAGCGAUCGCAUCUUUGGUCAAGAAAAAUAUGGCAUUGUUGAACUCGGUGUUGUGGCGCUUCUAUUAUUGCUCUUUGGUAUAAGUGUUAUACUAUCGGCCUAUAUAGUGUCUUUCGUAAACAAGCCGCUAUACGUCGCACUUCUGAUUUUGAGUCUACUGAAUACCAUAAUAGCUCAAGUCCAGAUCGUUGUCGCCAUGAUAAUGUCGUUCCUCGACGAUGAUGACUGGGCUAAGUUUUUGAUCGAACGUAGAGUGUUCUCAAUCAUGCCCUAUAUCAGCUUUACCUUCGGAUUCUCGAAAUUCGUCGAAGUUGCUUCUAAUAAUGCGAGAUGCCGAGGACUGCCAAACACAUUUCAUUUAACAUCUUGCGUUAUAAAAGACGUCUGCUGUGAAUUGCAGUGUUGGGACGGGAAAUGCGAAAAAGAGUUUGCAUAUUUUCGAAAUUUCAAUGACGACGACGGAAUAGAAGAAUACGUUUUAUAUUUAGCUUUAAUGCCGAUUGUUCUCGUGACAUUCCUGUGCGUACUCCAUAAAAGAUUACUGCCAAAGUUGAUCCAUUCUUGUCGUUCUUCGAUGAAAAAGCUGCUACUCAGCAGUCAUGUUCAAUCAAUGGAUAGCGGAGUUGUUGAUGAAAAAAAAGCUAUACGCGAAGCGAUUAUCCAGCGUAAGCCAAAUCCAGCGUACGAAGACAAGAAUGUCUUCCUCGCUUACGAAUUGAGCAAACGUUAUCCGAAGUGGCCUGCGGUUAGAGAAGUGAACUUCAGAGUAAAAAAAAACGAGUGCUUCGGUUUGUUGGGCGUUAACGGCGCCGGCAAAAGUACCACUUUCCGAAUGCUGGUGGGCGAAGAAAUUGCAGACACCGGAAUCUUGAUUCGCGGCAAGCACGAUAUCAAACGAGAGCGCACCAAGUAUUUGGCGGGAAUCGGUUACUGUCCUCAAAUCAAUGCCAUGAUUCCAUCGUUCAACGCAUACGAACAUUUGUCUCUGUUCGCUCGCCUGAGGGGAAUUCCAGCCGAUCACGUUGCGGCGGAAGUUCAGAUGUGGAUCGACAAGCUCGGACUUCAAAAAUACGCUAAAAAACCAAGCAGGAGCUACAGUGGAGGAAAUAAACGUCGCCUCAACAUCGCAAUGGCUCUCAUCGGAAGUCCGGAACUCGUUCUGCUGGAUGAACCUACAGCAGGAGUCGACCCCGCAGCGCGGAGGUCGUUGUGGGGUGUGCUUCAGAGCUGCCAAGCAUCGGGGCAGGCCUUCAUUCUGACUUCGCACAGCAUGGAAGAGUGCGAGGCACUCUGCAACCGAUUACUGAUAAUGGUACGAGGCGAAGUCGUCUGCGUGGGAGCCAGUCAACAACUGAAGGGACUCUUCGGUGCUGGCUUCGAUAUCACCAUCUUGAUAAGUCCCGAGAGAUCCGAAGAGGACAGUGCGGCCAUCAAGUCGAAGAUCGAGGCCGCGUUCGCCUGCGAAUUACGAGAUGAGCACGCGGGAUAUCUCUUCUACCACGUGACCGAUCCACAAGUCACUUGGACCAAGAUGUUCGGUGCAAUGAACUCAUUGAAAGCUCAGCACAGCUGCGUCCAAGAUUUUAGCGUUUCCUCAUCGACGUUGGAACAAUUAUUCAUUCAGCUAGCCAGAUCAACGUAUCCUCCCGGAAUGAUAAUAUAUCCCACAAAUCCAAUAGCGCCUGUCUGAAUUGAUAUAAUACGAAUCAGUUGCUGUAAACUUACAUACUUGUAAUGCAAGAGAUUAAAUUCUCCCAACUCAUA